AUGGCGACAAUGGCAAAACAGAUCUUUGCAAAAGAACUACUGUGCAUUGUUUUCGCCGGAUUUUCAAGAGCCAUUUUGACUGUUUCCGGAUUUGAAACUUCAUCUUAUACAGGACAGCAUGUGUUUUAUGCCGCGGAAAAUCGCGCACUCCAAGGGUUUCAACUUGAAAGAAAAACUGUGCGAUCUCGUGUCAUCUGCGGACGGGAAUGCAGCAUGGAUGAACGUUGCAAGUCGUUUAACUUUAAUGACUGCAGUAAACUGUGCGAGUUGAACCUUGCCACAAGACGAGAGCAUCCCGAAGACUUCAAUGCAACUCAAGGGAGUGUGUACUUUGAUGCAGAUGAGGACACUCCUCUCUACUCACUGACUGAUAGCUCCUUGAAUCGCUACAGAAGUUGCAAGAUGCUCUUCGAUGCCGGUUAUCGCUCAAGCGGUAUCCACACAAUCUACCCAGAGGGAUUCGGGAAUGGCAGUCUGUGCGUCUUCUGCGACAUGGAAACUGACGGCGGGGGAUGGAUCGUGUUUCAGAGGCGACAAGAUGGCAGCGUGGACUUCUACCGUAACUGGGCCGAGUACCAGUCUGGCUUUGGCCAUCUGUCCGGUGAGUUCUGGUUGGGCAAUGACAACUUGGUGACUCUGACGUCUGAUGAUUCACGUGGAACAUGGGAGCUACGAGUUGAUUUAGAGGACUGGGAGAACAACACGGCAUGGGCAAAGUACUCAGAUUUCAAAAUAUCCCCGGGUGAGUACAAUCUGAAUAUUGGCCAAUACGAUGCCAGCAGCACUGCCGGUGACUCUCUUGCUAGAAGCAAUGGACUUCCCUUCUCAACAAACGAUCAUGACAAUGAUGUAUGGGGAACACAUAAUUGUGCACAACUCCGCCACGGAGCCUGGUGGUUUGGUGGUUGCGCGGUCUCCGACUUGAAUGGUGAAUAUUACCCAGACGAGCACGCAACUGGUAAUGAAAAGGGCGUGUUUUGGCGAGACUGGAUAGGCCAUUCCUAUUCUCUGAAAACCAGCCAGAUGAAACUCCGUGCGAUGCGACAAUGA